GGUGGACACCUUCAACUUUAGGCACUGUUAUUAUGACCGGUGAAAUUAUUUCCACAAAGUCUCUCUAAGUUUUACGGAGUCAACGUUUUAUGUCCCAUUGUUUAAUUACACAAAAGCCUCUUUGUUUCACUUUUUGCUCCACAAAUGGAUUUCUCUCUUAACAUCGUUGCUGCUGCAAUAGGCUUCUUCUUGAUUUUCCGGAAACUCAGAUCCCAUCAUGAAAACGAAGAAUCUGAUUCUUCUUCUUUGUCUACUUCAUCAACUCCAUCUUCUUCAUCAGUUUCUCCAUCUUCUUCCUCUCACGUCUGGUUACACGAUGUCUUUCCGAGCUUCCGCGGGGAAGAUGUCCGCGAUAACUUUCUUAGUCACAUUAAAAAGGAGUUCAAAAGAAAGACAAUCACAUUUUUCAACGAUAAUGGGAUCAGGAGAGGAGAAUCCAUCGCUCCCGAACUCAUACGGGCGAUUAGAGGAUCUAAGAUUGCGAUCGUCUUGCUCUCUAAGAAUUACGCUUCUUCUAAGUGGUGUCUUGAGGAGUUGGUGGAGAUUAUGAAGUGCAGGGAGGAGCUGCGUCAAACUGUGAUUGCUAUUUUCUAUAAAGUAGAUCCAUCUGAUGUAAAGAAGCUGACCGGUGAUUUUGGGGAGGUGUUCAGGAAAACUUGUAAGGGUAAAGCUAAGGAGGAGAUUAGGAGGUGGGAACAAGCUUUGGAGAAAGUGGCCGUAAUAGCUGGUUACCAUUUAUCCAACUGGGAUAAUGAAGCAUCAAUGGUCGAAGAAAUUGCCACUAACAUUUCAAAUGAGCUGAUUAAAUUUGUGCCAUCAAGUGAUUUCAAAGGUUUUGUUGGGAUGGAAGCUCAUAUGAAAGAGAUGGAGCCGUUCUUACUCUUAGGCUCCAUAAAAGUGAGGAUGAUAGGGAUUUGGGGUCCUUCUGGAAUUGGUAAGAGUACGAUCGCCAGAGUUCUAUUUAGCCAACACUCUCACGAGUUCCAGCUUAGUGUCUUCAUGGAGAACAUCAAAAGACGUUGUCCAGGACCUUGUUCUGAUGAAUAUAGUGCGAAACUGCAAUUACAAGAAGAGUUCCUAUCUAAAAUAGUCAACCAGGAGGAUAUCAAGAUUCAUCAUUUAGGAGUUGCGCCAGACAAGUUAAAAGACAAGAAAGUGCUUGUCGUUCUCGAUGAUGUAGACCAUUUGAUGCAACUAAAUGCCAUGGCGAAAGACCUUCACUGGUUUGGUCCUGGAAGCCGGAUUAUUGUCACAACGCAAGAUAAAAAAAUAUUGACUGCACAUGGGAUUGAACAUAUUUACAAGGUUGAGUUUCCAGGUUUCCAUGAAGCUCUUGAAAUCUUCUGCAUGAAUGCUUUUGGUCAAAAGUACCCAGAUGGUGACUUCGAGGAACUUGCUUGGGAAGUAACAGAACUUGUUGGUAAGCUCCCUCUGGGACUAAAGGUAAUAGGAUCUUAUUUCAAAGGAAUGGCCAAGCAAGAGUGGGAAGAGGAACUACCAAGGUUAAGAACUAGACUUGAUGGAGAAAUAGAAAGUAGUUUAAAGUUAAGUUAUGAUGCCUUAUGCGUUGAUGAUCAAGAUUUAUUUCUUCAUUUAGCUUGCUUUUUCAACAAUGAGCUGAUUGAGAAAGUGGAAGAGUAUCUUGCAAGGAAUUUUGUAGGUGUGAAAGGUCGUCUACGGGUUUUAGUUGAGAAAUCAUUCAUAUCCGUUGACGGAGGAUAUAUAAAGAUCCAUGAUUUGCUAGCACGUUUAGGUAGAGAAAUAGUUCGUAAACAAUCCAUUCAUGAACCUGGGCAGCGUCAGUUUUUGGCUGAUGUUGGAGAUAUAUGCCAAGUACUACGAAAUGAGACACUAGGUAGUCGAAGUGUUAUAGGCAUAGAUUUGAAGCUUUCAGAGUUGAAGACUGAGUUGAAGAUAAGUGACAGGGCCUUUGAAAGAAUGUUCAAUGUUCAAUUCUUAAGACUUGCGUAUUCAGAUUCUGGUUCUGGACGUCCCAAACAGACAUGUCAAUCCAGCAUAGAUCUAAUGACACGUCUGCCUCCAAAUCUUAUACCUUUGGAUUCUGAUUUAAAUUCUGAUUCUGGACGUCCCAAACAGACAUGCCAUCACAGCGUAGAUCUAAUGACAUGUCUGCCUCCAAAUCUUAGACUUUUGCAUUGGGAUUUUUUUCCUAUGACAUGUCUGCCUUCAAAUUUUAUUCCGGAGUUCCUGGUGGAGUUAGCCUUGCGUAAAAGCAACUACCUUGAAAAAUUGUGGGAAGGACUGCGGACAAUCAGAAAUCUCAAAUGGAUGUAUUUGUCCGAUUCCAAAAAUCUAAAGGAGCUUCCUGAUCUCUCAACUGCUAUUAAUCUCAUAAGAUUGGAUCUUAGUCAUUGCUCAAGUCUAGUGAGACUUCCAUUUUUUUCUGGGAAUGCCAUAAUUAAACUCGAAGAACUGAAUCUCUUUGGAUGUACAAGUCUGAUAGAACUCCCCUCUUCUAUGGAAAACGCCACUAAUCUCGAGGAAUUGGAUCUCACGGGAUGCUUACAUCUAGCUAAGCUCCCGUCGUCUAUUGGUAAUCUCAAGAAAUUGUUUCUCAAGGAUUGCUCAAGUUUGGUGGAGCUUCCAUCUUCUGUUAUAAAUUCCCUGAAUCUCAUGGUUUUUACGUUUAGUGGAUGUUCAAAUCUUGUGGAGCUCCCUUCCUAUCUUAGUAAUGCCGAUGAUCACAAGGAAUUUGAUUUGAGUGGAUGCUCAAGUCUACUAGAGCUCCCCUAUUCUAUUGGAAAUAUGAUUAAACUCAGGAAGUUGUCUCUCAGUGGAUGCUCGAGUCUACUGGAGCUCCCCCCUUCUAUCGGAAAUAUGAUUAAUCUCCAGCAGUUGUAUCUCAGUGGAUGCUCGAGUCUACAGGAGCUCCCCUCUUCUAUCGGAAAUAUGACUAAUCUCAUGGAGUUGCGUCUCAAUGGAUGCUCAAGUCUACGGAAGCUCCCCUCUUCUAUUGGAUAUAUGAUUAAUCUCAUGAAAUUGCGUCUCAGUGGAUGCUCAAGUCUUGUGGAACUCCCAUCUUCUAUUGGAUAUAUGAAUAAUCUCAAGAAGUUAUCUCUCCAUAGAUGCUCAAAGCUAAAGGCCCUUCCGAUCAACAUCAACAUGAAAUCUCUUGAUGAGGUUGAUCUCACUGACUGCUCGUCAUUGAAAAGUUUUCCCGAGAUUUCCACAAACAUCAGAGUUCUAAAGCUCACUGGAACUUCAAUAGAAGAAUUCCCUCCAUCAAUCAUGUCAUGGCCUCAUCUUCGUGAGUUACAUUUGCCAUAUUUUGAAAACCUCAAGAAAUCCCAGCAAGCUUUUGAUUGCAUCACGAAGUUACACUUGGGAGAUACAAGAAUACAAGAAAUUGCUCCAUGGGUCAAGGAAAUGUCUCGUCUACGUUAUCUUGUAAUCAAGGGAUGCACGAAGCUGGUUUCUCUUCCACAGCUUCCGGACUCCUUAAAGAUCCUAGUCGCAGACAAUUGUGAGUCCCUCGAGAGACUAGAUUGCUCUUUUUACAAGACAAAGUUUCAUGGGCUCAGCUUUGUUAACUGCUUUGGACUGAAUCAAGAAGCAAGAGAGAUUAUCAUCAACACAUGGACAAGAGACUUUGCAAUUUUUCCAGGAGAAACAAUGCCUACAUAUUUCAUUUACCGAGCCACCAGGAGUUCCCUGUCAAUGACGUGGAAUGGAUUAGAUACACAGUACUUUCCUACGUCCUUGAGAUUUAAAGCUUGCCUCUUGCUGGUUUAUAAGGGUGACGUAGAUGCUGGUGAUUGGUGCUGGCCUGAUAUAUCUUAUUGCAUCAAGGACAAACUGAAUGGCGUUAAAUCUGGUUAUGUAGCUUAUGCUUAUUCAUGGCACCGCUCUUCUCCAACUUCAAAGGAGCAUCUACUGGUAUUCAAAAUUGAAGAAAAAGUGGGCUCCCCCGAAUUAGCCUUUGAGUUCAGAUCCCAUGACAAAAAUUGGGAGAUUGAGGAAUGCGGGCUACGUCCUCUGGAGAGUUGGAAACAAUUGCUUUGGAAUCCUUGGCUCCCUCACGUUCAUGGAAGCUGAGAUAAAAACAAAUCACAUUUUCAUUAAUAACUUGUAACAAAAAAAAAAAUCUUCAUCUUUAGCACUCUGGUUGGCUCUCAAAAAUCAAUCUUAUAUAUUAAAAAGAA